GCCCCGCGCGCCCCCGCGGCCACGGCCGCAGCCCGCGCUGCGCGGCAGGCGGGGCGCGGCUCCCCCAGCUUGGGGCCCGCCCUGCACGUCAGCGGCAAGAUGGCGGCGCCCGGCUCAGCCUGGAGGGGCGGAGGAGCCCCCUGCCCCAACUCGGAGAACACAACUAUUGGAGCUCCAUCACUCUGGGGAGUGGAGCUUUGAGUGGGAAGGAACUCUGUGGCAUGCUCUUCUUGAGACCUGAGUGGAUUUUCGAUAGAAAAUAUACCCCAAAAUUACUGUUAGUUUGAACCCACAGUGAUACACAUACUCUAAGGAGAUCCUGUGUGAACUGCUCCGUUUGGAGUCUUUACUAUUCAUUGAAUGCAUACAUCAACCUCUGAGGAAAGAUUUCCUGUAAACACAUCUAUUUUGUUUUACGUUCAUUUAGAGCCAAGUCCUGAAAAAGUUAAUGCAUGCCUGGGAGAUUCAGAAAACUCAUGUGCUGACGAUCUGUAGCUUCCAUGGAGUUCAGUUGGAACUGAGUGCUCAGCAGUUCUGAAAAACAGGUUCAAGAGGUCUCACGUGAGGAACCCAGAAGUUGAGGCAUGCAGAAUCAGUGACCAAACAUAUAAACUUGAUGAUAAUACACCAAUUCUCUGAAGACUGCAUUGACUUUCUAUUUGCUUCUUGGUGAAAUUCAAGUGGUUGACAUUGAUAUAUAAAGCCCUAAGUAGUUUGUGUCCUGGCUGUAUGAGAAAAAAAGAGUCUUUUUGUGUCAUUGUAACAGUUUUGCUCAGCCCGAGUGCUCUAACAGUCUCUAAAUUUUAAACACCAGAGGACUUGUGGCUGGGCAUUCUCAGUAGCGAACGCUGAACUUUGGACCUUGUUUUUCCCAAUUGACUAAUAGAACCAGAGUCUGUUAAUAUUUAGGAUAUAGUGCAAAGCCACUCUGUUGUCUCAAAACUUUGACUGAGCAUGUAGCUGGCUACAUAUUUAGCUUAUUUUAGUAUCUACUUCUAUAAUGUACAUUCAAAUAAGGACAUGUGUGGUGUAAGUGAGGUUUUUUGCACAUUUAAGAAUAAAAUAAAUUGUACUGUAACAAAGCUUACGAAAGUUUGCAGAACAUUAAUAAUAAUAGCUUUCUCUAUGGUCAUGAUGAUUAUAUCAUAUUUUUAUUACUUUUCUUUCAGGUUUAAAAAUGUCUGAUAAAAAAAUAAUUAUGAACAGAGCCCAUUAUAUUGAGAAGCUACUGUCUGAAAACAAUUUCCAAGAUAUUGGAAAUCACCUUACAGAACUUGAAGCUGUUGAUAUGACUAUAGAAUAUCUUCAGGAGACUGAUGUUGCCAAAGCUGUGUACAGAGUCUUCCAGAACUGUCCUGCAAUAACAUUGAAAAAGAAAGCAAAGCAUUUAUUAUCAAAGUGGAAGACGCUUUACAAGAAUAACUAUCUUUCAUCGGUACAAGGUAAAAAGUCAGUUUCUCAGAGUGUGAAAGAGCACAAUGAAUAUUUCAGUGUGCUUCCACAAGAACAAACUGAGUUUUCUGGAGAAUUGAAUCAGCAUGAAAUGUUAGAUGCUGCUGGUUCUAACAGUUUGCUGACAUCACAAAACGUUUCAAAAGAUGAAGUGUAUAAUAAGCCAAAAAGCCGUGUGAAUCAACUGGGUCUUUUAGAAGAGCAGCACACCGAUAAUGAAAACACUAAACCUGCUGGCAAUGAAACAAGCCCACAGCAAGGACAUACGAAGCCCAUGAGGUUGAAAUGCACAGAACUUAUUUAUAAAGCCUUGACUGAUUCUGCCACAAGCAAAGAGGAAGCCAAUAAGUGGCAAGAAUUAUCCAAAGAAAUUGAAGAGCAUAUUUUUGCUCUUCAUGCUAGAAAUGACAAAAAGUACAAAAAUUGUAUCAGAAGCAAAGUCUCUAACUUGAAGAAUCCUAAAAAUUGCCACUUAAAACAUAACCUAUUUUCAGGGACUAUGAGUCCAAAGACUUUUGCUGAUAUGACAGUGAUGGAAAUGGCCAAUGAUGAACUGAAACAACUCAGAGCUUUGUACACAGAAUCAUCUGUUCAGGAACAUCAGCUUCCCCAAGUUAUUGAUGGCACACAGACAAACAAAAUAAAAUGUAGGCGCUGUGAAAAAUUUGAUUGCACUGUCACUAUGAUUGCCAGGGGAACUCUCUUCCUGCCUAGUUGGGUGCGAAAUGCAAAUCCAGAUGAACAAAUGAUGACUUAUGUUAUUUGUAAUGAAUGUGGAGAGCAGUGGUACCACAGCAGAUGGGUUUGUUUGUGAUUAUUAAUCCUUUAAUGAAUAUCAUCACUUAAAAGUGAAAAACAUAAAAUAGAUAUCAGAAAAAAGUGUUGGGAUUAUUUUUAUAUCUGUUUUAGAUGUUUAUAAAUCAGUGCUAUUGUGCAGACACAGCAAAUAAGUUGUAGGAUAAUAGCUAAACGAUAAUGGUCAUAAAAUCAUUUUGGAGGUUGUAUUGAAAUUAUUUGUCUUAAAUUUUAUUGGCUGUAAGUGUGUAAAAUAUGCAUUGUGUUGUAAUAUAAGAUUGCUUGGUAUUUUGAAACAGUUAAGGACUUAAUUUUCAAAGGUAUUGAACACUGUAGUUCUUAUUGUCUUCAGUGAGAUUUGUGGAUGCUCAGCAUUUAUGAAAAUCAGGCCAUUAGUACAGUUUAAGCAAAUUAAUGGCAAUACUGUAAUUAACACAUUUUUUCCAGGAUGAUCACUGAAGACUGUCCAACGCAGACCUGCUCUGUAAUUAAGAGAAAUUCACUUGCAAAAAGAGUCAGAUUACUUCUCUAACCAAUUUAAUCAUGUUUAAGUAGAAGGAUAAGCUGCCGAAUAUAAAAGAUACUGGGGAGAAUGGUAGCAAAUUAAAACAAAAAUGGACUUGGAUGUAAACUGUUUUAUAGCUAAGCAAAAAAUGUUUCUUUAAAAGAGAUCCCAGAUCAGAUGAGUAUGAUAUAGAGUAUUAUAUCAAUUUGAGAUCCAAACUUCCAUUUUAACAUGGUAUGCAUUACACCUGGUAGUAAGUGUUUGCAAAAUUAGACACCUGAGGGCCUGAUUCAGGAAAUCACAUAUGCACAUUAUUAAAUCAUCCUUAUUCAAGAAAUUAAGGGAUGAAGUUAAACAUAUGCUUAAGUCUCAUUAUGUGCUUUCCUGAACAGAGAUGUUUUCCUGAAUUGGGGUCUUAGUUACUAAUUACAGUAUGUUACAUUUUUCCUCAUUCAGGUAAUAAAUACAUGAGGCAAAAAAACCUCUGUUUUUACUCCAA